AUGACACUCACAAAAACGCCUUACCGCCUGGCUGUAACGACAUAUCGCCAAUCAAAGAUUAGUGAUCGCUUUCAAUUGUUGAUUACAAAGAAAGAAGUGGAAUGUGAUUACGUUGGUGUAGACGCUACUGCACUGGUGGCAACAGGACUGCGACUCGCCAAAAACGUCACAUCUGAACAACGACGACAUAAGGAGGUUGCCCGUCAUGUCUCACAGUCUCUACAACAAUUACUCAAAAAGGUACGUUGUAAGAAAUCGCUUCUCAUCGCUAUGGACGGUGCGGAGACUUUACUAAAAGCAGAACACACACGAGGUAGUAGUGUUACACGUAAAAUUGAAAGUCGUCUCAUGCGACUUCCCGGUACACCAUUAAUGCAAGCGGUAGAAGAACGUUUAGUGCGUAUGAUGCCGGAUCGACAAAUUCUUCCAUCUGAAGUGGUAUUUUCAGGUACAUGUGUACAAGGAUGUGUGGAACAGAAGAUGUCUGCAUGGGCUUUAGAUUUGGCUUCUCGUGAUUCAUUUAGUGGUAGUACCGAUUCACUUUGUCUUAUUGGGGCAUCUGAGUUAUAUUUAAAUGUGAUGGCACUUUCUCCUUUUUAUAAUGUGAUGAGUGUUGUACAAAAUAACGCCGAUCUUCGUCAAAUGCGUUUACAAGAUAUUCUUGAAUGGUUAGAUCUUGAUAAAAGAGCAAAAGAAGGUGAAAGUGUUACGAUUGCAAAAAUGCGAACAGAUAUUCUUUUUUUAUUUAUUCUUGCGAAUGGAGCUUCUGUUACAGAAUUGCAUCCUAUCCCAUCUCUUGGAUUUAGUGAACUGGUCGACCGUUAUCUAAAGAAUUUUAUGGAAACCACAUCUAAUACGGAAACCACAGAAGGAGGAGGCAAAGGAAAAGGAAGAGAGGGAAGUGUCUCUCUUCACUCCGGAACAGUAAAAGAAGGCUUAUUCUUAUUUGAAGAUUAUCCUGGAAAUACAUUACGUCUAAACAUUCCACUUCUCUCUCGUAUUAUACAAUUAGUCGCCCGAAAGGAAGUUCCACCCCGCGUGGAUGCGGCUUCAGAGGCCUAUUUAGAACAGGCUCUGCAAACACACGCCCUCUUGUGUCUGGGAGAAGCCCCGGAAUAUAAUUAUCUUCCAUCGAUGCCAACAACACAAGUGGGAUCUCCAGUGGCCGGUGUUAUUCCAUUCGCGGCGCAUCUCGCGGCUUUGUGUAGUUCCUCACCUCAUCGUAUUGCACGACGAACACCUCCACGUGUAAGGCAAUCAUCUUCCACUACAUGUAUAAAAGAAGAAGAAAAAGAAGAAAAAGGAAAGAAAGAAAAGGGAGAGAAGGAAGAAGGAUUAAGAAAUGAAACAUUUGAACUAGCAGAAGGAGGUAAAGUAGAAUUAGUAAAAUCGAAAACAAAGGAGAUGCAAACAGGAAUUAUUCAACCCUUAACGGCAGCAGAAUAUACUAUUUUAUGUCAAUCCUUACCUGCUUCUGUAGAGACAUUAAUUCAACAUUAUGUUGGGGUAGCACCAAAAUCAGAUGUUGGUAAAAUGAUUACUUCAUCCGAUACAACAGGAGCACAUCGUGUGAUUCGUGAAGUCUUAUCCUAUGCGAAUCCUCUUAAACCCCAUAAGUGUUUAUGUUUAUCCCCUUCUUAUUGUUGGUUACAAAAUGAGAAGACACAAUUAUGGCGAUUUGAGUAUGUUGAUAUUGGUGUUCGUAGUCAUGAAAUGGAAAUACGUCGUCACUUAAAUGCUGUAAAGGGAGUUACAUUAGAAGUAAACAUGUCCAGAGAUGGACCAUCAUACUUUUCAACAUCAACUUCUUCAUGGGAACCCAUUAAAGACUUUCCAUGUGGUGCAGAAAGAUCUAGUGAUGAUGAUAAUAAUAAUAAACAAAAAGAAACAUCAUCAUCAUCAACCACAAAAGGAGGUAAAGAUACAGAGGAUUUGACAGGAUCUAUAAAGACGGAGGAUGAUACAAAGAAGGACACGAAAAAAAUAGAAACUUUAGAUAAAAUUAAAGAUAAUGAAUCUUCAGAGAGUAAAUCAACCUCAUCUCAAAUAUCUAAGACUAAUACUACAGAUCAAAAUCUAUCCUCUAAGCAAUCCACAUUAAAAUUACUUACAUGGAAUGUUAUGUUUGAUCGAUAUAGUGGUAAACCUACACCAUUAGGUAUGCCAGGUAUUGAUUGGUGUUCCCCAAAACGAUAUCCAAUACUCGCAAAAAUAAUUCAACAAGAAGAUGCAGAUGUUGUAGGAAUGCAAGAAGUAGAACCUGUGUUUUGGAAUUUUCUUUCUAAACAAUCAUGGGUACGAGAAAAUUACUUCUUUUCAUGCGGUUAUGCAAGUCCAGCGAUUACACCUUGGGGUGUACUCAUGUUAGUUCAUCGUCGUCGACUUUCUAUACAAAAUAUCACUUAUUUAAAUGUGCCUGCGUGGACGAAUCAUGUCUCACUUAUGCCAGUUGUUACUCUUCAAAUGCCACACGGUUCUGUUAAUGUUGCCGCUGCACAUUUAUUAGCACCAUACACCAAAUCACAUGAAACUGCACGAACUUCACAAGAUGGAGCCUUACGUCAUCACAUGAUGAAAACAUUAAGUGGAGAUGUUAUCACAAUGGGGGAUUUUAACGAUUGGCCUACAAGUGAGUUUCACAUGCCAACGGAAUCACAAUAUGUGGAUUGUUGGCCUUUACUACACCCAGGGGAUGCUGGUAAAACUAUGGAUGAAACCAACACCUUUUGUAAACUUAAAGUGGAAGAAAUGUUUUUUGGACGAUCGGAUAAAGUGUUUUUGCGCAGUAGACGUCUUGUGCCUGUAGAGGCGCAUCUCGUCGGUACUCGAAGUGUAAAUGAUGAGAAUGGCAAUCAGGAGGCACCUGCCUACUUGUUUCCCUCAGAUCAUUACGGUGUGAGUAUGACGUUUAAGUUGAAACAACGAUAA